CAGGGAUGAUGGUUUCCAGAAAACGCUUCAGAAGAACGGCAGAUUUCAAACGAGUAGAACACAAUCGCCGGGCUGGAGAGAUGUUUCUAAGAACGCCAAAACCAGAUGGUGGUCCAGAUUUGGAAGACCAAAUCGUUACAAAGGUCCUUUUAUAUGCGAUUCUGGAGUCUCAAUUUCGAUUGAAAGCAAGGUAUUCGAUUUCCAGGCUUUAGACAACCUAAUUAUUUCCGAAUCUAAGAAUUAUGUCUAGAUUUCUUUCUAUCUCGCGAUCUACUGCUCUUUGGCUAUCUGAGUCCCUAAGCCACCCUCCUUUGGCUAGCUAGAGAGGGUUGGGUAAUUUCAAAAUUUGAAGGGCCUGUUUCGACAAAGUCCCACUGGGACUCAAAUCAAUUUGGAUAUUUCGUUAGAAUCAACGCAGGAACCGAAAGGGAGAUAUCUAAUAUUUGCAUCCCAGUUGGAAGGCAAUCUGAAGGCAUUAGGCUCUUUGUAAAAGCAUUGAAUGUAGCUUUAAAAAUCCUAGAAGGGAAUGAAGCUGCUGAAAAGGUUCUAUACUCUCCCGGGAGAGAAGAAGCUUCAGUUUCCCUAGAUUUGAUUGACCAUAUGUCCCGGGUGGAGAAGAAGAUGAGCAGCUGUGGUUCCCUUCCAUAUCCUCAAGUCUACUGGAACAAGAUGUUAUGCAGGGUUCUAGGAUGCCUAGCCUCACUGAACAGGGGAAAAUUGUUGAUUCAGAAGUGAUUAAGGAAGAUGAAGAUGAAGAGAAGAAACUCCAAAAGUUAUUUCAACCAGCUUUUGAGGCCUAUUUUGAAACAAUCUUUAUGGCAGUGGAAAGACAGAUGCAAGAGGCUUUGGCGAAGACAUCACUACUGGAUAAACUCAAAAUGGGACUUUUUCAAAAUAUGUCGGGGAAGACACUUAGAGCAACACGAGAGACAGUGAAAAGCAUGGAAAAAGUGACCCUUGUUCAAUUAGAAGAUUCUAAAUACCCAGCAUUCAUUUCUUGUUCCAAAGCUGAUGAAAGGCUUGUGGUGGCAGAUUUUCUAACGGGGGAGCAAGCUGAAGAGUCACAAGCUUCAAUUGGUUAACAUUUUGAACCUACUGUCUCAUUUCUUGUAUGCAUUCAAGGGGAAAGGAAAAAAGAAGUCCUUGGUUUUUGUUUUAAUGUUUUCUGUCUUAAGUAGCUCAGGGGAGGGUCAAAUGAAGCUGGGUUACUCUUUCACCUUUCCAAGGGUUUAGAGACUGGGUUUUCAAGAGUUUUUUGAAGCUGAGACCUUCUGUUUAGACUUUAGAGUGUGCCUAAGGGUUCUGGUUUUGUGAAUGGGUUUCAGAGUUGGAACAAGUAGUCCAACACACAGUGAACGGGAGCUUACAACUGGUGCUGCUUACUUUCUGCACCAACGUUCAUCACUUGUACUAGUAGGGUCCCAGCUUUGCUUUCAAGUUUUUGGACUUUUAUCCUUGAUAGGCUGUAAAGGAGGUUGAAUUGACGGUACAUUUGGUGGGAUCUAUGGGUAUAAUUAUAAUCUACAAAAGGUGUUGCACGGUUGAAGAUAGCGAAAUGGUUGCAGUUGGAAGGGUGUACAUCCACCUCCUCUUUUAUUUUAAGAACCUGUUUGGGAGUGAUUAACUUAUGGAUAAAGUGAUUUUCACAAAACUGAAAGUAGAAGCACCUCAUACCUGCUUCUCUGAAACGGUGUUCUAUGUACAAAAUAGUGGUAGUGAAAAGCCGAAGCUGACAUGCCAAACAGAGUAAAAUCACUUCUACUCAAAGUAGAAGCUAAAUUAUUAAAAGCGACACACUCCC